AUGACCGGAAUAGUCCAACCCGUCAUGCGGGGUCUCGACCACCGGUUGGUAGAGAGCCUCGAUCGCCACCAAACGCUGAACAACGAACAACUCAACGGUAUGCAGACUUCGGAAGUGCUACCGCACACGGCCACAGGUCUCUUCUUGCUAACAACCAUAAGUCAAACCCCGAGAUCCUCCGAGAACGAUCCAUCAUAUCGGAGAACAAGCGAGCAUUAUGUCUACGUAUCAGAGUCGCGAGAAUCCUCGCGCCAUCCUCCUUCCACACGAGAGCGGUCUGCGAUCGAUUCCAGUCGGCGGCUAUCACCCGAGAGAACCAUUGUUCGUCCAGCCCGCACCGGCUCAGGGAGAUCACCAUCGGCUUAUCGCCGCCAGCAGCAGAAUCAGCAGGCGUCGUCGGCCAGAGACCAGCCUGCACACCUCGCUUCAAGGGCGCAUUACUCAGAACAGCACUCUUUCCAAUCUCGACGACAAAGUUCUUCUCAUCAGAAUUCCGAGGAACUACCUUACCCUCCCAACACCUCCCGGCUUGGUAGAAAUGAGGAAGCAAUUUCGGAUGACUAUGAGCAGACCUUUCAGAGCCUGGAUAUCAGGGAUCGGGCUCAACGGGAACGUCAAAGGGUACCAUUGACGACACCAAUCAUUACUCAGCACAACCCUUCGCACAUGCCUAUCUCAAGUGGACAGACCCAUUAUGAUUCCAAUGCGCACAUCCCACUUGGCCGUGCAACCGCAGGUCAGGUUUCAGCAUCUGAACACACGACAUCUCAAAUCACCAGUGCAUCGGCAUCAUCGAGACCAUCUGAGAGUACAUUUCGUACAACUUUGCGUUCUGCGCUAUUAGUUUUCGCCAAUGUUCCGCGAAAUGACUGGGAGAAGCUGAAGAGUCGUAUUCAGAAAGACCCAUCACUUCUUGUCGCAGAUCCUAAGCUGUUUCUGACUGAAGCCAUCCAUGCUUAUGCCGCAGGAAAGGACGAGUACGCCAACCAAUGCAUUCAUCGGGUCGCACUAUUGCAACGGCUAGCCAAAUGUAAAGUUAACACUGCUCUAGGCAGAAUGAGCAAUAUUGAAAACCUUGAACAACCUGAGGCCAGAGAAUUCUACAAGGAGUAUGAUCGAAUACGGAAGUCAGGCAAAGAGGGCGCAAAAUUAUUAGCCUCAAGAGACUCCGGUUCAACAGCGGCUCAGAGUCGGCCUGCCCCCCAAUCCAUACCUGAUGCCUCAGACGAUAGGUAUCCAAGUACCAUGCCGACUAAUUCAGUGGGUUUAGUCUCUGCACAGUACGCGGGUCGUACCUCUGGUAGUAUCCCGAUCAGUGCUGUGACUGGAACCGACAUACACGGAGCGUCAGCCUAUGGUUCAACGCCUAACAAUAGAUAUCCCUUAAACACAGGUUUUCCGAUCAUCAAUAGCCACCACCCGUAUCCUCCAGUCCAGGGUUCUUCCAUGAGUGGAAACCGUGAUGAACGCGGCCCUGUUUCUCUCAGAUCACUUGACAUACAAAUCGGCAGUAUUCCUGGGCACUAUGAGCCUUCUUCGCCUGGUCCACGCUCUGUGAAUCCGAACCCUCCCCCACCAAGCCAAGAGGGCCCGGUCAACACACAUAUGAUAUCUGCACAAUUACCAAAUGUCGUUUCAUACCAACUCAAUCAGGCGGAUGACGGGCAAGGCAGGUUUUCCACCGGAAGAAGGCGCCAGAGCACGAGCACCUUAUCGAUCGGUGAUAUUACGGUCACUGGAGAAGCCACUGUACAGCCUGUGCAACAAGGUAACGUGGGUAGGCUGGACUCGCGAUACCAAGUUCGCACUGAUGCUCGAGUCUUUUACAAGGUGGGGAGAGUUUUUUCUGUUUUAUGGCAUGAGCCCUACAGUCAGACGCCCCCCAAAGGUGGGGCUAAAGACUAUACCAGCACUGCCAAACGUUCGACAAUUGGCAAAUUCGGUGAACAAAUUUAUAGCACAAUUCGCCGGAUGGUCGUUGUACGCGAAGGCCACGGCUAUUGUGUGUGCAUACAAAUUAAUACAUAUGGCGGGAAAGGUCUGCGUAAGUUUGUCACUGCUCGAGGAGUGGUCAGUCAGCAAGACGUCGAUAGUCACUCAAUAAUCCACAUGACGGACACCAGGCCCGGCUACUUUCAAGAUGAACCUCGAAGCAAGAAGCGACCGAUUGCAGUCAACAAGGCUUCGCCGGAUCAAAAGCUAGGACCCGACAGCAGAUUGUGCUACUCUCAACCGCACACGGUGCAGCAUAACGUCAAGGCAAUGCACGUUGGGCAAGUGUCAGAAGAAACUUUGCCCUACUUGACUUUUUACUACAGAGAAGCCCAGACGUAG